CCUUUUACUUCUUCUUUCUUCCUUCAGGUCCCGCAAAAUUAGGGUUUCGCUCUCCAUUCCCACUGAAGAAUCACCAUCAAAAUCCAUCCCCAAUUCACUCAAAUCCAACCGACAUUCCCGCUCGACAUGAACCCGGCGACAUCGAACAACAAAAGCCCUCACAAUCCUCUCGGCCCCAUGGUGAAAGAGUCGGUAGACCGCUUCUUGCUGGAGUACCAGAGCGGAUCACCGGACUUCUCCAACUUCACCUCCAUUUUCUCCCGCUUGCUUCACAGCUUGCCCGACGCGCCUCUCGAGAUCAUAUGGUUCUACUCCGCGCUGACUUGUCACGCCGCGAAGUCGGCCGGCCGCGACGCUCCGGAGCAGCAAGUGUCGAGGACUAAGGAGCUGUUUCAGCUGCUGGUGUCUUGUUCUAGCUCGUGCAACGCGGUUAAGAAGGUUGCCGUGCUCGCCCCAGUGGUUUAUGAGCUGUACUUUUUAGUGAUCGAGAGAAAGGGCUUGAAGAAAGAGGUCGAGGACUUGCUAGAGGUCGUUGUUAGUUAUGUUAGCAUCUGCAGCAGUAGAGAGUUUGAAGAAGAGGAUGAAUUGGAGUCUUCGGGUCCAUGCUUUUUGGAUUUGAUUCGCGUGUGGAUAGUCGAUAAGCCGAAGAAGGAUGUGAAAUCGUUCUUUCCAGUCGUUAGUGAUGAUGUUCGCAAGGGGAUUUGUGAGGAUUGUGGCACUGGCCUGGGGCGUUUGGCUGGGGUUGUUAUGACCGAGGCAUUUUUGUUGAGGUUAUGCUUGAAGUUGGACGCCCGGACAUUGCGCGCCGAGUUGGAGAGAGACAUGCAUAGCUGGGCAGUCCAGACUAUUGCUGGAUUUAGGAACUUUUACUUUUUCGGUACUCUUCUUAGGAUGCUAUUGGAUCCAGUUUUACCUGUGACACUGCUGCUAAAAUUCGAGGAUGAAAUUCUCUUGCGAGAAGUUCUAUAUGAUGCCCUGAUAAUGGUAGAUUAUCCAUUUCUGAGCCCUCACAAUGGGAGAAAGCUUCAUGAUGAGCUCUUGAAGAGCUCGGCUGUCUUGUUGUUGUUAGUAGCUGAAACCGCCAUGCAAUUCAUUAGGGAAAAUGGUGAUCAUAGCAAAGUGGACUCCUAUAAGGACGCAGUCUCUAAAUCCUGCCUACCUUCUCAAUUGCUCAAAUGGGUUGCUUGUCAAACUGGUUCGGGGAGAAUAACCAGCAGACCAACGGCAUCAACUCCAGCAGCACUUAUUAAGUGGCUGCUGAUUGUAGAGGAUCUAGGGAUAAGAGUCUUUGACAGUGAUAUUUUGAAGCUCCAUGCAAAGGCAGUAGUUUGCAAGUCAAGAAUAGAGCAUGACAAUGCUUUUAUCCUCUCUCCAUAUAACGAGGGCGUAGUGGAGGACAUAAUUGAUGAUGCUGAUCUGGAUAUGGUUGAUUCUAUGGAUGCCACUUUCAUGGCCUACACUUGUCCAGUAGUGUUAGCAAGUGAUGGUACUAGAAAACGCAAAGAUGGGAGGAAGGAAGAAGGGGAGAUACCUGUUAAGUUCCUCAAAUCUCAUAUUCACGAGAAUGUAGCAAAAUCCAACAUCUUUCACUCGUGUGUUGGUGAUGGCUUGAGCAGUAGGAAUGAGGAGUAUAGUCCCAUCCUCCAGGAAGAUAUAUUAAGUAUGGAACAAUAA